AGUAAACAUCACAUUAUUUCAAAAUAACUGAUAUUGGUUGUCUUUAUAACUUUCCGUUGCGCCGAUACACUACAAAUCCCAUGAGCACCAUCCGGAAGCAAACAUCACACCAGACAGCGUGGAAGACACUCACAUGCUAGCUAGCUUGAUAAAGACAGGGCGUCUACACCACUUCUCUGACAUACAGUCAUACUGGGGAAUCUAGAGAAAAUGUCUGCUGCUAAAGUGAAAAUGCGGCAGAAGAAGAUGAGAAACCAGCCGGCCAGUGUGCAGUAUUCAUCCUCCUCUCCCCUGAAUGGAGGAGACAAACCGACCACCAGUAAAGGUGGUGAUGGACAAUCUGAUGCCCGAACAUCAACAGAAAGGUCAAAGAGCUCUCAUCAUAAGGGCGGAUGGGUCCGAGGUCACCACAAAGAUGGUGGUGGUUAUGCCAAGGAGAUGCCAAAAUACAUAACUGCUGGAGCUUUUGCCAGAGCCAGGGCAGCAGAAGUAAGUGCCAUGCUGAAAGCCGUUACCAAGACAACAGGCAGCUGCCACGUGUUCGGAGCCCUGCCCAAACACAUGAGGAGACGAGCCAUGAGCCACAACACCAAGCGUCUUCCUCACAGGCUGAGAGAAGUGGCCAACAGAAUGCGAGAGAAGAGCCUCCAAGCUGGCUCUAAGAAGAAGAAGGAACAGGCGAAGAGCAAGAGCCGCAAGGCUCGCCGCCGGCACGGAAAUCUGCUGCUGGAGUUCAACCGCCGCCAGAGAAAGAAUGUGUGGCUGGAGACGCACAUUUGGCACGCCAAGCGCUUCCACAUGGUGAAAAAGUGGGGCUACUGCCUGGGGGACCGACCCACAUACAAAUGCUAUCGUCCCUGCUACAGAGCCAUGAGCAGCCAUUGCCUACUGCAGGACCUUUCCUAUUACUGCUGCAUCGAGCUACAGGGAGAGGAACACAAGCUGCUGGCUUCUCUGUCACAGCUGACAAGCAAGGAGGCCGGUCCCACAUUUGCUGCAGCACUGUGUCUGUCAGGGAGAAGACAGGGCAGUGUGGUGGUGUACAGGGCAGGUCAGUACCCCUUGCAGCCCCUGGGCCCUGUCACCUUCCUCUGGAGACCCCGUACACAGGACUCAACUCACAGGCAGCUAUGGAUCUGGGCUCAUCCCACUCUCAAGCAGGACCUUCUCCCAGAGUUACAAACUGUGUGCCAGUGUUGUGAGGCUGUACUUCCUCCAGUAGUGCCGGUGGUGAUGCCUGCAGAGGUCGAGCCCACUGUAGAAUCAGAGCCAAAGCCUGAAAAGACCCCUGAGGCAAAGAAGAUGACUGGAACUAAGAGGAAGAGGAACCACAAGGAUGCAAGUGGACCUCCAGCUAAGAAGAUCCUAGGAGAUGGAACCAGAUCUCCCAACACCCCAGUUACCUGGAAGUCCAGCUCAAAUGGAAUAGUUAUAAAUGAUCUCACAAUGGAGAUGGAACGCUAUCGUCUGAUUGGACCACACUCUCAUUCUGUGCUGGCUGAAACUUUGGAAGCAGCUACAGACUGUGAUGAAAUGAAGAAAUCCCAGCCCUCAUCCCUCUGGUGGCCUGAGCACUGCAAAGAUGAGAGCAAAAUGAAUCUGCAUCAACAACAAGCUGAUGUCUUCAACAUACUGAAAGGCAUUUAUUCGAGCGGAGAGCUCCCCUCUGGCACAGUGCUGGGACUGACUGUAGAUGACCCCAGGCUGACUUUACCAACAAAGAAGGUUAAAGCUUUGCCCUGUGUAAAGCAGGCACAAGAGGUGGAUGAGGAGAAGUGUAGGGAGCUGAUGUUACGAGGCGUACCUGAACACUGCUGUCAGAGUUUCUUGUGGGAGCAAUCUGUCCGCGACAAUGUCACUGAUAACAAAAUAUCAGAGCAGGAGCUGAACCGAAUGAGAAGUGAGGUCUUGGUUCCUGGCUCCAGGCUGUCCCCAACUCCUCUGCAGGGCAGAGUUCCCAUACUGCUGGUUCACCAGCCUGGCAAGCAGGUGGGACACGAGAUGAGCUCCUGGGGCGCUGGAUGGGACCUGCUGCUCCCUAAAGGCUGGGGCAUGGCCUUCUGGGUGCCACUGGUGUACAGAGGAGUUCGCAUUGGUGGGCUACACAUGAGCCUGAAACACUCUCAAAAUAAAGGAGCUCCUCACUUCCCCCAUGACUACCCAGACUGCCCUGCAGGCGUUCGUUUUCAGGAGGAGCAGGAGGUCGAGCUUUUGGACAAGUUCAAAAGGCGUCCGCCCGCCAAAAGGACCAAUUACAUUAAACAUGGAUGUCUGGCUCCGUUCUGUUGCCCAUGGCAACAGCUGGCCGAGGAGUGGGAGCUCAUCGUGAGGGAAGGAGGAGAGGAGAGAAAAGAGGACAGCCGGACCCAGAGCACAACAGAGGCUGACACAGAGAUGGAAGAGAUGACAUCAUGUCAAGAUGUCGCCAUGACAAAGCCUCCGAGCCGCUUCACUGUUCUGAGAAACCGAAAGUCUGUGAGACUGCUCUCCGGUUGGUGCAGGCCCUCUACAUCUAAAGGUCAAAGGCUGUGCCGUGUCGGGGAGGUGCCCCCUCUUGACCGCUCAGCUAUGAGGUCGUUUCUCACCGCCCACGGGAUGAGUGUGGUGUGGGUGCGACUGACGCUGCUGUCGAAGGGUAAACCGGAGCUCCACGCCAUCGUGUGUGUGCCGACCGCAGAGGACCUGAAGCUGCUAAAGAAAGAGCGAGGCAGUAGCGGGCCCCAGGAGCCGCCCCACAGAGACCACUUUAAAAGCAGAAUUAAAUCUCGAAAGAAGAGCUCCAAAAAAUCUGCUGCCACCUCUCAAUCCUCUGAUAAAACUGAGGAUAAAGCGUCAGACCUUCCUUCUCCCUCAGACCCAAUCCCCACAUCUGAAGAUGCCAAAUCAUCCUCCUCACCCUGCUCUGAUCUUGUGUUCGGGCUGUGGCCGGAUCCUCUACCCAGUGUCAGCUCUCACUGCUCACGGGUGACACUAGGCUGGGUCACUCAGGGCGACUUCUCCCUGUCUGCAGGCUGUGGGGAAGCUCUGGGGUUUGUCAGCGUUUCGGGUCUCCUCAACACCCUCCUCAACCAGCCGGUGGAACACAGAGGAAUGGUGCUGCUGCGCAACCCCACAUCUCUCCAGUAUCGCUUUGCUAAAAUCAACAUAGAGGUCUGAUUGAAACAUCUGAGCGUGUGCAGAACUUGAUUACAUGCAAUGGCAGGUUAAUGGACCUUUUUGCAGAAGCCUGAAGUUACAUGCAAUCAAGUCGCAUGAUGCUUCAUUCAAUCAAAUAACGUGAGCCAACAGAAACUCUGUGCCUUGAUAGUUGCUUCCUUGGACUGUGCCAUUAUAUACUUCACUGUGUUGGCUGAAGACUUACUGACAUGCAUGGGGUAUGACUGCAAGCUACCUGGUGGUGGUUUAAAAGAUCAUUUUAAGUUGUGGAUAUUGUACUCUAGGAAGAGACACUUAUUGUUUCAGUUGAAUAUGGCUCC